GAGUUGGUAGUACGAACUACAAAGCAAUUUGAAAAAGCCCUUAGAAUUUUUUUUUCUUUUCUUUUUGCUUUUCGGUGUAAAAUUCCUUUGCGGGAAAAAGCAAGCAUUUUCCAGAUAGAAAAGUUGACCAUUUCCAGCCGUUUGUGUAAGAAUCCAUCGUGGAUGCAAUUCUGAGUAAGAUGAGGUGUUUGAUGAAAUUCCUGUGAGGCAAUGGAGCGUUUGUUCUCAUCGUUGAGUAUAUGUACGGUGCCAGGGACCCGAAUUUAUUGGGAUAAACGGUAUGUGAAAGCACAAUUCGUUGUGGGGUUUUCAAACAAGAACGAGAUAAAGUUGGGGGUGCAAUGUAAUGCUAGGGUUAACCAUAGAAAACCAACCAAGAACCUUCCGCAUCCACGGCGAGCUAAGCUCCCUCCGGAGCCUGAAAUUAGCACAUUUUUGAAGGGGGGAAAUAGUGGGACAGAGCAAUCUGAAAUGGGUACGGUUUUGGAUAAAGAACCUGAUGCGAAUGAUGAUGGGUUUCUGGUUGAUGGUAUUGAAGGAAGAAAAGAGGGGGAGAUUGUUUGGGAUUCGGAUGAGAUUGAAGCAAUUUCGUCUCUUUUUAUGGGGAGAAUCCCUCAAAAGCCUGGGAAAUUGAAUAGGGAAAGGCCUCUUCCACUCCCACUUCCCUACAAACUGCGACCUAUGGGACUUCCCACAACGAAGAGACAUGUGAGAGCUGCUUCUUCAAUGCCAUAUGCUUCCCGGGCAUCCCUAUCUAAGCAAGUUUACAAGAACCCGGAUUUCCUCAUUAGCAUAGCCAGAGAGAUAAGAAACCUUCCUUUGGAAGAUGACGUUUCUCCAGUUCUUAACAAGUGGGUUAGCUUUCUGCGGAAGGGCUCAUUGUCAUUGACGAUCCGGGAAUUGGGUCACAUGGGUCUUCCUGAGAGAGCUCUACAGACCUUCUUCUGGGCUCAGAAACAACCCCAGCUCUUCCCAGAUGAUCGCAUUCUGGCCUCAACAGUUGAGGUCCUGGCAAGGACUCACAAGUUGAAAGUUCCAUUCAGUUUGGAAAAGUUCACUGGUUUGGCUAGCCGGAGUGUAAUCGAGGCACUGGCAAGGGGAUUCAUCAGAAGGGGAAGUUUGAGCCUUGCCUGGAAGCUUCUCUUAGUUGCCAAGGAUAGUAAAAGGAUGUUGGGACCCAGCAUUUAUGCAAAGCUAAUAUUAGAGCUUGGAAAGAACCCCGAUAAGCACAGCCUUGUACAGGCAUUACUAGAUGAGCUUGGAGAAAGAGAAGAUUUGAAAUUAAGCCAUCAGGAUUGCACAGCAGUCAUGAAAGUCUGCAUAAGGCUUGGGAAAUUCGAAAUAGUGGAAAGUCUUUUUAACUGGUAUAAACAAUCUGAGAAUAGUCCAAGUGUGGUUAUGUACACAACUCUAAUUCAUAGUCGCUAUACUGAGAAGAAAUACAGGGAGGCACUGGCUGUCGUUUGGGAAAUGGAGGCUUCAGACUGUCUCUUUGAUCUUCCAGCUUAUCGUGUGGUGAUAAAGCUUUUUAUUGCUCUGAAUGAUCUAUCAAGAACUGUAAGGUAUUUUUCAAAACUUAAGGAAGCAGGUUUCUGUCCGACAUAUGAUAUAUACCGGGACAUGUUAAAGAUUUACAUGGUUUUCCGGAGGCUGGCAAAGUGUAGGGAGGUCUGCAAGGAGUUAGAGAUGUCAGGGUUCAAGUUGGAUAAGGGAACCUUGUCACAGUUGUUGCAACUUGAAAGAGAAAACAGGUAAGUUCACUCGUUGAUAAGUUUUCAGUACUGAUGGUCUUGUCUUUGCACUUCCAAUUAGAUGAAGGAGCAUCGUAAAUCUUUCUAACCUUGUGCCAUGGGAUGCCAAGCUUUGCAUUUGACAGCACAUGAAUCCCUGGAGAAAUCUCUUGAAUGGUAGGGGGCUCACCUUCUGGCCUGUUGGAGACAUACACCAUGGUUUUGGAAGCAAUAUCAGCUACAAUCAGGUUAAACCCAUUAUACUCAUCACCUUCCUUUGCUAUUUCUUCUGCGUAUUCAUGGGGAUUCUUUCUGCUCUGCUACCAUAUAAGAAGAACGAUACAAGUAAAAAACCACUAGAAGUUAUUGAAAAAAUAGAAAAAAGCACCAAUUUCCCAUGACCUGUGAAGAAUCACAAGGAAAACUGGCUAAACUAUUUUUUCUAGGAAAUCAAGUACUAAUGCAGAUCCUGUUUACCAUUUGGUAGCGAAAAUACUUCUGGGUAAAGAAAGAGUGUGUUAUAUUUCCUCCUGUGAAUGAGUAUUUUU